GUCCGGAGAGGUUCUCCCUGUUCCCGCGUGUCACAUUUCCCCAUUGGGAAACACAGUGAGGGAUCUGGGUGUCCCGGAAUCCUGAAAUGGAGCUGGUGUCAUUUGAGGACGUAGCCGUGGACUUCACCUGGGAGGAGUGGCAGGACCUGAAUGCUGCCCAGAGGAGUCUGUACAGGGACGUGAUGCUGGAGACCUACAGCAGCCUGGUGUUCCUGGGGCACUGUAUGAACAAACCUGAGUUGAUCUUCAAGUUGGAGCAAGGACUUGGACCAUGGAAUGUAACAGAAGCCUCAGACAGGAGCCUCCCAGAUUUUCAUAUAUUGGCUGCACCAAUUGUGACCAGCCAGAAAAAUCACAAGGCACACGUGUGGCAAGCUGGAACCACCCAAAAGAAGGCAUCAAAUGGAAAGAUUGUAGAGCUAAAGGGGCAACAGAAGACCCAUCAAGGGUGGAAAUCCUUCGAAAGAGAAGCACAUAGGAAGACGUUUUUUCAGAAACCCCAGAGCACUGGGAUUCAGAUGUCUCCUACAUGUCAGACAGCUCUCCAUUAUAAGGCAACUCUCAGUAAAGGUCAGAGGCUUCAUAACGGGAAGAAAAGCCGUCCGUAUGAGGAAUGCAGGAAAACUGUCUCCCAGAACUCACAUGUUACAGUAUGUCAGAAAACUCUUAUAGAUAUAAAGCUUUGUGGGUGUACAGAAUGCAGAAAAACUUUCUCUUGCAACUCAGAACUCACAAGUCAUCCAAGAACUCACAUACGUAAGAGGCCCUAUAAAUGUAAGGUUUGUGGGAAAGCCUUCUGCUCUCAGGGAAAACUCACUCUACAUCAAAUAGUUCACACAGGUGAGAAGCCCUAUGAAUGUACAGAAUGUGGGAAAGCCUUCUCCCACAAGGCGUACCUCACUCAGCAUAAGAAAAUUCACCUGACCAAGAAGCCUUAUGCGUGUACUGAAUGUGGGAAAACCUUCUACCGCUUACCACACCUUACUUUGCAUAAGAGAACUCACACAAACGAGAAGCCCUAUGGUUGUACAGAAUGCCAAAAAUCUUUCUACUGCCAAUCACAGCUUACUCUACAUCAGCGAACUCACACGGGUGAGAGGCCUUUUGAGUGCAUGGAAUGUGAGAAAUCUUUCUACUACAAGGCACACCUAACUCGACAUCAGAAAGUUCACACCAACAAGAAGCCAUUUGAAUGUAUAGAGUGUGAGAAAUCCUUUUACUGCCAGUCGGACCUCACUGUGCAUCAGCGAUCUCACACAGGUGAGAAGCCCUAUGAAUGUAGGGAAUGUGGGAAAUCAUUCUACCAGAAGUCAAAGCUCAUUCUACAUCAGAGUACUCAUGUAGGCGAGAAGCCGUAUGAGUGCACAGACUGUGGGAAAGUUUUCUAUUGCAAAUCACAUCUCACUCUACAUCAGACAGUACAUUCAGAUGAACACCCAUAUGUAUGCACAGAGUGUGGGAAAUGUUUCUACUAUAAGUCACAGCUCAUUGUUCAUGGAAGAACUCACACAGGUGAUAGACCCUAUAAAUGUGGACAGUGUGGGAAAGCUUUCUCCCGGAAGCCACACCUCGUUCGACAUCAAAGCAUUGCUCACACAGAUAAGAAAAAUUUGAAUGUAGCAAAUGUGGGAAAGGUUUCUACUGCAAGCCACAGCUCACUUUACAUCCACUCGCUUUACGUCAGUGAACGUGAGCAUGUGCCAAGCAUUUUGAAGGAAAAGAAUGCAGGAUAGCUUUCUACUUUAAGGCACGAAUAACAGCAGUGGACAAUUCAGAUGAAGAGCCCUGUGAAUGGGAAGAAAGAGA